GGUGCGCGCGCGGAGGAGGACGUUCAUAUGCAGCGGCGGCAGAGGGAAAGACGGGAUGCAGGGAACAGUAGGUUUUGGGACUCGUGUGGAGGAGCUUACUAUUUUGCAACUGGCUGAAGGCUCGUCAUGCGAGAACCGAGGUCUCCCAGUGACGGUGUGUCGGGAGGCGAGGUCCUGUGGUAGUGGUGAACACGAGAUCAAGGUGGCUGAGUCUCCACUGCAGAUCGCUGACAUGAAAUAUAUCACUUUAUCCAGCACACCUUUCCACAAGGCAUCAUCCCCGGUGGUUCCCACCCUCGGCUCAGACAGCUCUGCUGAUUGGUCAGUCUCUAUGGCCACACCCACCAAUCUCCGACAUGCCGUCAAAAGGGAAACCCCCAUUGUUACCACCACUGAUGAGGAAGUAUCUGAUAUGGAGAGAACAGUUACUAAAACAAGACCAAGGUCACUGGCAGCGAAAGGCAAAAAUGUGAUAAGAACACUAUUCAGACGCCAGUCGCCACAGUGUCAUUCCACGGCCUCCAGCACGGCUCAGCAACUUCCUGCCACACCUCUCCCAUUCUCCCCCAUCCCUGCCAGUCCUCUGCUUCACACUGUACAGCGACCCUGCUCUCCCGAGGCCCCGCCCACUAAUAAUACCAGCCUUUCGCUCAUCAGUGGUACCAACACCGUUGCAGAGACACCAACGAGGCCAGAGAUUGAGGGACGGAGGAGGUUUGAAAUUGACGAGGGGAGGAAGAGGAGGAGGAGUGAGAGAGAGAGUGUGGGACUCAACCAAGGCUUCUGUGAGGAGGCCCCGGUCUCCAGUCAGGAGCUGUUUGAUAGUCCGGAUGUGUUUGAUUGUGUGGAGAGGGUUCCAGAUAGUCCCCUGGUGGCCACGGUCCCAGAGUCUCCCGCUAGACCUGAGGACGAGGGAGACCCUGCGUUAGCUGACAAUCAGGAGAGGGAAGAGGGAGCACGGUGCAGUGGUGAGGAGGGGGAGGGGCAAGCUCCAGCCAAUCAAAAAUCUUCAAGGAAUCCAAUACAAGAGCAGACCAAUGGAGAUCAGAUACAAGUUGAUCAAACAACAAAUGAAAGGCAAGUCAACCCCAUAGAAAAUCAGACUCAACUCAAUCAUGACACCUACUGCACCCACCAAGUCAACCAAACAGAGGUCGUUCAGAUCAGAACCUCAACACAAGUCAAUCCCAAUGGUAAUGAUGCAAGCGCUGAUAUCAAUGGAGAAGUCAAUCACUAUGAAAUUCAAAUGCAAUUCUCUCCAGUCAGAGAUCUGCCACAAGUCAAUCCUACUAGAUCUGAAUCACAAGUCAAUCCCAACCUUCCUUCGAAGACAACAAUCAACAACUUUCUCUACCCUAGCGGCAUGCAGACUGACAGGCAGACUGGCAGGGGAAUUGGUAAUCAGACCAGGGGCAAGAGAAAGAUAGAGGAGAUCAGCUCUGCAGAGCCUCCGGUGAAGAAGGCCAGUUGCCUGGGUGAGGUCUUUGACCAGAAACCAACUGCUCCUGACAGUGUGAAUAGAGUUGCAGACGCUGCUCCACUCCUUGGAUCAGUGGCAGAGAGUGACUGUGAAAUGAGUGAAGAAGAAGAUGAGAAGGAGGAUGGAGAAGAAGAUGAAGAAGAAGAGAAAGAAAAGGAGAUUGAAGGGAGAGUUUCAAGUGGUGAGCUCCAACUAGAAUCAGUGGCAGAGAGUGACUGUGAAAUGAGACCAGACGAUAAGGAUGCAGAGAAAGGAGAGGAAGAGAAAGAAGAAGAAAAGGUUUCAAAUGUUGGACCACAUGUGGUUGUCCCUCUGCGAGGAAGCAGGGUCCCAGAACUGCGAGACAAUCCUCUCCCAUCUCCAACCUCUCCCACUGCCCAUGUGUCCACCUCUCUUCCUCCUCUUCCCUCCUUUGUUGGUUUCCAGACUGCCUCCGGAUGCUCCCUCUCCCUCUCUGAAAAGUCCCUACAGAAGGCACAGAGACUUUUGUCAAAAGAUGACAUGAAGAAACCACGCAGUGUGCCUCCACCACAGCCACACUGUGUCGCAACACCUCGGCAGCUAACACCUCUCAAUGUCUCUAGUUGUAAGAGAGCUCGUUCGGCAGGAGUACUGAGAUCGAGAGCGAGGCCGUUCAAUCCUCCUCGUCCAGCAGCGAAUGUGUCGGUGGUGGAGGAGAAGGCCAGGGUGGCUCGACUCCUGAGGGGGAUGAGGCGAGCAGGGGCAGGGGUCGAGGAGGGAGGGGCUGUGCAAACCCCCUCCCAUCAUGUGGAGUGUGGGUUCUCCACUGGGAAUGGCAGGAAGCUUAGCGUGUCAUCCUCAGCUCUCCGCCGAGCACAGCAGCUGGUGGCCUCGGACAAAGAGAAUGGAAUAACGCCAGCAUCAACUGAUUCGGCUGCUACAGAAUUACCUCGCACCUCAAUGGGUCCGUGUGUUUCAGGAUCAGCUAGUGCUGCUGUGGAUCUCUGCUCAAAUUCUACUUCUAUCGCUCUCUUUGGUUCAGGAUCAGCCAGUACCUCUUCUGCUUCAAAAGGUAUUAGAAUGUCUGUAUGUAGUGGGUUCCAGUUGGCCUCAGGGAAAGCUCUGUCUCUGUCAGGCAAGGCUGUGGAGAGAGCUCGCACUCUGUUGGCUGAUAUCAACACUUCAACUGACCCUCCAUUGGUGACAGAAACAAGGCCAUCAACCUGUGGAAAUGGAGCCUUCCCCGAGGCCAGGGAGUUCUCAGAUGAUUUAUAUACCAGAGGCUUUGGUAGAGAGGAUCUGGUUGACUUUACUGUCUUCAGUCAGUUCAACCAGCAGUCUGCUGAGGCAGAGAUGAUGAAGAAAGAAAGUUCCGGAAGAGAUGAGGGUGGUUCGAUGGAGGGAAACUGUGGCGAUGAGGUUGAGGAAGACUGCAGUGCCUAUUUCUCAACUCAGGCUGUGAGACAGUUUCUUGAGUUUCCUGAAGACAGUGACGGCGAAGAAGAGAAGUCUUCUCCACAGCGAGCCAUGCACAAGGCCGAGAGACUAACAGGAAUGGGGGUGAAGGAGGAGAAGGAACUGGAAGAGGAGGUGGUGGACGAGAGAACAACCAGCCAGACACUAAUGGAUGAGUUGUUUGGAGUGACAAGUCCCGAGGCUAAUGAUGGAGAUACUCUGGGACAGUUGCCAUACCAGGGAACAGUGGAGCAGGUAAUGGCAUGUGAGGAAGAGAUGGAAUCAGGCAUGAAUGGUGGCUGUGAGCUGAGGAGGAGCUGUAGUCCAGCAGCCCUUGAGGAAGGAGAGAAUCACUCCGAUGAUGACAUGGAUCUAGUUGUGGGAAAAGAACCAGUCGCAGGUUCAAAGGAACAAGAAACAUUGGCGAUGCAUGGAAAUGAUCUGAACCACUCACUCAGUAAUUCUCCAGCGAUUGUGAAAAAGAGUGCCCCCCUCUCGUUCCCUGGACUAAUGACUGCCGGUGGCAAAGAGGUGAUUGUGUCAUCCUCAGCUCUAUCAGCCGCCAGACAAUUGCUCCAUAGAGGUUCUGGGAGCUCUGAGUCCACAGGGGAGAGGGCCCCAUCAGUAGGUGAGAGAGAUGGAAACCAGCUCCUGUCACCUGAGACUCGGUCAGUGCCACUGCCUGGGCUGAUGACAGCCAGUGGGAGGAAGGUAGAGAUAUCGGAGGCAGCACUCAGAGCUGUGAGAGAGACAGGGACUGGGGCAGAGGAAGACUCAGUGAGAACUGAAGAAAAGGAAAAGUCAAAGGGGAAAGAGGCAGUGAGCGGAGGAGGUACUGUGUUCAUGGGGUUCCAGACUGCAGCAGGGAUCAAAGUCAGAGUGUCAGAAACAGCUCUUGCUGCUGUGAGAGGAGAGAAAUCCUGUUCUUCUCAAUUGCCAGCUGGCCCCUCCAUUAGUGAUAAAUCAUCCUCAAUUAGUUCUUCAUCAUCAACAAACUCGUCGACUGACCCCUCAAUUUGUGCUCCAUCGUCAACAAACACUAGCAAUGAUCAAAGACUUCGAAUUCGCCCUCACUUUAGACCGCUAGCCACAAAGCCACACCUCAUGUCUUCGUCCAGAACCUCCGUCAGGUAUAAACCAGUCUUCAGAAGAGGCCAACAGGCUCCGCCCACCCAGCCUGAAGCUCCUCCCACUGCCAUGCCCACUCCCACCCCAGCGGACCAACAGUCGUCAUCUCGUGGUCUACACACCACCCCUGAAGGUUUGAUCUGUGAUAGAACGACUGGCAGGCGACCUUUGACCCCAAUUCAAACAUUCCUGGGGCCUGAUGGCUCCUACAUGUGUGCCCCAGUUCACAGGUACAGACUUGGAAGCAUUAGAUCUGUCAGGCCACUGUCUGCAGCCAGCAGUGGUAAAGGAAAGAGAGAUAAGGAGGCUGGGGACGAGACCGAAGGGGGAAAUGACUCUCCUCACCAGUCUCCUGUGGAUGCUGACUCUGUCACUGGUACAGAGAGAGACGGAGAGAGGCAGGGAGGCAAUUAUUGCUCACAGAAUGAGGAACGACCUUCUCCUGACAAAGACACCGCCAGGGAAGACUGUCAUUUAGAGAGAAAUGACGGAGAGAAAAAGGAAGAGGACGGAAUGAAAGACAUUGAGAGUGUUGGAGAAUAUGCAUUGGACACACUGAAUGACAGCCUGGAUGCCGGAACUGAUCUUCCCCUCACUUCUGAGGUGCCCAGACCCUUUCUGAGGAGGAGACCUGUGAGAAAGAAGGUCAUUCCUCGAUCUGCUGGCUCUCUGCUGACAGCUCACUCGCAGCACUCGGAGGCCAGACUCCCUCUGUCUGCCAGAGGUCACCCGGGGAACUUCUCACUCAGACAGCUGUACCGAGCUGGAGUCCACCCCACCACUGUCGCCGUGACUACCGACUCUGCCUCCUCUUACACCUUCAACGGAGAGUUAUUCUUCAGUUCUGCUGUGUUGGAUGGAGCAGCUGUGUGUGUGGGGGAUGGUGCCACGUUGAGACUGAACAAUGGAGUAGCUGGCCCCGAGGAGCUGUGGGAGGCGUUUGCUAGUUCUCCCGGGGUCGAUAGAGGGCUGGUUUCGUUCCAGUGGUUCCAGAACCACUAUCGGUGGCUUGUUUGGAAACUGGCUGCCAUGGAAACGAGGUUCCCCAGGGAGUGCGGAGGUCGCUGGCUCACUCCGGACUGGCUCAUGAAGCAAAUGAGGUAUCGAUACGACAGAGAGAUGGAGGCUGCUGAGAGACCUGCCCUCCGCAGGAUCUGUGAGAGAGAUGAAGUCAGUCACCGGAGGCUCGUCCUGUGUGUGAGUGGAGUAUACUCCGGUCCUUACUCCAAACCCCCCACGUCUGAGGGCGGAGAUACGGGGUACCCCACAGUGGAGGUGACGGAUGGCUGGUACAGUCUGCCAGGGAUCCUGGACCCUCCGUUGCAGUACAUGGUCCACUGCAGAAGACUCUCCGUCGGGACAAAGAUUGUCACAUACGGAGCUGAACUGGUGGGGUCAGCUGACGGGUGCCACCCUCUCGAGGCCCCGCCCACCCUCUGUCUUCGUCUCUCGGCUAAUUCAACCCGCAGAGCCAGAUGGUACGUGAGACUCGGAUUUCAAACUUGUCCGCUCCCCUUCUCCCUCCCUCUCUCCUCCUUGUUCGCUGAUGGUGGACUGGUGGGGUGCACGGAGGCAGUAAUUGCCAGGGUCUACCCCCUAAUCUAUAUGGAGAAGGUCAGAGAUGGGAGGAAUAUCUUCCGGAGCAGCCGUGCGGAGGAGGAAGCAGGUCGUCGACAUCAUGAGAUGAGGCAGAGAAAGAUUGAGGCCAUUUCCAGCAGAGUGCAGAGGGAACUGGAGGAAGAACUGGCCAACAAAAAUGGUUGUUCAAGAGUGGGCUGGAGGAGGUCUCGGAGACUCAACACGGCCCAGGUGAAGCAGCUGCAGGACGGAGAGGCCAUCCACACUGCUCUAACCAACUCCUCAGACCCUCUCACCUUUCAGGAGGCUCUGUCGUCGAUGCAAGUGGCCAUGUUGGAGAGCUACCACCUGCUGCUCCGUGAGAAGAGACAGACUGAGUUGAGACAAAGGGUUGAGGAGGCAGUGAGGGAAGAGGAGGAGAGAGGGAGACUGCCUCUCCCGCACACCUCCACUCCUCUUCUCAGAGUCAGACUUGUAUCUCGAGGCCCCAACCCUCCACAAGUGAACUGCACGCUGUCUGUCUGGCAGCCUCGUGAGGGUGUGACGUCGGUGCUGGUGGAGGGGAAACUGGUGAGGAUGUGGAACCUCAACAGCUCAAACAGGAAAAGCCGGUCUGGCAGCCUCCAGAUGUCGGCCUCCCCUCGCACCAGAUUCGAGGCUGUGGACAUGGACCAGUGUGAGAUGGGGAAAGUUUUAGAAGGCUACCGGCCGCGGGAGUGUGUGAGUAUUGGGAGGUUGGUGAGGGGGGAGGGGGUGUGGUGUGGGGAGUUUGACACCGUCGGAAUUGUGGUGAGUGUCAUCAGCGAACAGCUGGAGGCAACACCCACCGGCAGCUCCAGUAGGAAGUUGGACACAGUGUACAUGGCGGAUGGCGAGGGAAAUAUGAUGGCAGUAAGGAUCUGGGAUGGACUCAAGCAUUAUGGCCUGCAAGGUCUGGUGACUCCGGCUUCCCUCAUAUCUGCCACCUCCCUCUCUCUCCGAGGACCACACCCAUUCUCCAGCAACACCCUCUCUGCUACUGCCUCUGACCACACCCACUUUUCCCAGGCCCCACCCCUCCCACAUGUAAGGGAGGGGCUGCUGCUAUUGGAGACAGAGUUGCCUAGCAACAGAACUGACUACCUCCUAUCACUAGAGGACGAGGUCAUGAAUAUGCAUUUACCAUUACAUCACCAUUGA